GCGCUGCCAGUAAGAGCGCUCUGGAUUGUGGAGUUAAAGGCGGCGGUGGCGCUAUUGUUGUCAGGCGGCAGCAUGACGACACACCGGCCGCCAAGAAACACAGAGGAGCCGAGAAGGUGGACCCCAUGUUCACGGUGCCAGGUCCCCCUGCUUCAGGCCACUCCGGGCCCCCCGGCCCCUCCUUGCCUUUGGCCCCUUCCUUCUCCCCUCCAGCCCUGCCCACCUCGAACCCUAAGCAGCUGGCUGUGAGGAUGAGGUCUAUCGGCACCAACACCCAGGAUGGGGGCAUCUCAGGGGCGCUGGAGGGUGACUCUGCCUGUUUGGGGCCCUGUCAGCCUGGGACCAGCGUCAACCUGGAGGGCAUCAUCUGGCACGAGACGGAGGAAGGUGUGCUGGUGGUGAAUGUGACGUGGAGGAAGCGGACGUACGUGGGAACUCUGUUAGACUGCACCAAACAUGACUGGGCUCCCCCCAGGUUUUGUGAGUCGCCCUCUAGUGAUCCUGACUUGCCAGGUGGGCGUGGUCGGGGGAAACGGAUGCGAGUGGCCAUGGCCGAGCGGCCCUAUGUUGAGCCGGCCCCUGCUACCAAGGUCAGGGGUCUAUCACAGCACAGGAGCCGUGGAGGUGGUGUUGCUGGAAGUGCUGCGCCUAUCCACAGCAAGGGGCGGAGAGGUAGCCUGAACCUCAUCAACAGCAACUGCCGAACACCACCUUCUUUCUUCACUGUGGACGAGGUGAAAUCUUCCAGUUCUACUCUCUCCUCUGGGAAGCGAAAGAACAAGCCUCCGGCUGACCUGGAUCUCACCCUGGUCUCCUCCGAUGACAUUAAAAAUGGCAACGGGAAGAGGAUUCGAGCCAAAUCCCGCAGUGCCCCAUCCACACCGCAGGGCAAAUCUGACCCCUCAUUCAUGGAUCCUGGAGGAGGUUGUGCCUCGUCACCACCUCCCCCACCCAUUCUCAUUGAUUGCCCCCACCCCAACUGCACUAAACGCUACAAGCAUAUCAACGGCCUGCGCUACCACCAGACACAUGCACACCUGGAGGCUGAAGAGCAGAGGAAGCCUGAGAUAGAGGCCAUGAAGGAUGGGGAGAGUGAGGAACGACUAUCAGACUGUGAGGACACAAUCGGCAACAUGACCUAUGACCUCUCAGAGACAAACAACAGCACUAAUGCCAAUAGCUCCUCUAAGAAACCUGCUCCUUUAUACAAGGUCACCACAGUAGGAUCUCCCAAGAACAGACGGCUUCUCCUCAGUACCGACCACAGCCCCACAGCCAACUCAAAAACCAGAAGGACCUCACUACUUAAAGAUGGGCUGAUCGAUGACCUCAGCAACCUGCCCAUCAUCUCCAACAUGACUGUGGUUCUGGAGAACUGCAUGGUCCCAGACAGGAACUCCACAGUAGAGAUGCCCAAACUUGAAGCUGAAGGUUUGAUUGACAAGAAGGGAGGUGGUUGUGACAAGGGCAAGAAGGCCAAUGGGAAGGUAGAUAAGCUAUCCAAGUCACGGACCAAUCGUCCAAUCGCUCCGGCCCCUGCUCCUCCCAAGCUGAUCGCUAUACCCAACACUACAUAUCCGACUGGCACAGCAGAUCCUGCCACCUCACAGCAGCCCUCUCCCAUGGCAGCUGUAGGCCUGACUAGUAAAAACCUUCCCCUGAAGCCCAUCAAACCAAAGCUGAGCAUUGUUGUGGAGCCGAACCUGGUCAAAGCCACCCUGGUUACCUGCAGCAAGGAGACCAGGAAGAAAGAGAAGCGAAGGCUGAAGGACAAACACAGCAAAGAUGCGCCAAUCAGGACACCUAAUGGCGACAGCAUUGGAAUCAAAAUGGAAGAUGGUGGUGGAUCUAAAAUGGGUGUUAAGGAAAUUUCUGGAAGCCUUCUGAAGGAGCACCUCAGUAAGCAGGAUGUAUUGAAUGGACUUACGGAGAGCCAGGAGAGUAGGAUGGCAAGUAUUCGUGCAGAGGCUGACAAGGUCUACACCUUCACUGACAAUGCCCCUAGUCCCUCUAUUGGCAGCUCAUCGCGGCUUGAUGCAUCUGGUAGUUGUCUGGCAACAACAGACAGCAGCAGCAAGAACAACAGCCCCGCCUACUCUGACAUCUCAGAUGCUGGAGAUGAUGGGGAAUGUCGCUCAGAUGGAAUCCGAUCCAAGUCUGGGUCCUCGGCCUGUUCUGACGUGAGCUCCAGCAGUAACCAUGGAAACUCUGGUAAAACUCCACACACAGCGUCUGUCCCGUCAUCAAAAGACCCCCAGUCCCCAUACUACCACAGCUAUGAGCCUUACUACCUGCAGGGAUACAUGCAGCUGGACAGGCAGAACAGCAGCAGCGUUGCUUUCCACAAAUUCUCAGACUCUAAGAAAGGCGAUGGGUUGCCUCAGUCUCAGCUCCAGCUGGCUAUGAGUCAGACCCAGACUGCCUUAGCCCAGUCCCUGUACUAUGGUCAGUACUCCAGAGGACUGUACAUGGACCAGAAACUGCUACUGGCCUCCAAAUGCUGUGACCAGGCACCCAGUGCCAAGCAGAGGGUCGAUAGGGGACAGGGGGUAAGAGACAGUGAGGACGUUAAACAUAUGGUUGGGGGUCCAGCCAGUGGACCCAUGCUAGGUAAAGGACCAGACACCACUAAAGGUUGCUGUCUCAAACCCGUUCUGUCCUACGUGGAGAUGAGUGAGAGAGGAGAAAGGGGACAGAGUCUGGGUGUAAAGGCGGUGCAUGGUGGCAUGGUGGACCAGCACCAGGUCUCAAUGAAAGACUGUGAUGACAUCAGGUCACCUUCCUCUUCCUCUUCUUCAUCACUUCACAACCCAAACAGUCAGACAGAUCUGGACUCAAAUGUUUCCUUUUCCAGUCCCUCAGACGGCCCAGCCUGGGCUCAUCGCAAAUACUCAGAGCUACAGAGUCAGCAUGGAGAGGAGGCAGAGGAGGGGGAAGCAGAGAGGGGAAAAGAAUGGGGAGCUACUGUGGAGCCUGCCAGGGCCAAGAUGUCCUCAGGUGGCGGAGGCACAGGAGAGAGAGGAGGAGGUGUGGGCGGAGAUGCUAAAAAACCCAGGGUCCAUGGAUCCCACGAUCUCCCCCUGACCAUCGACACAGAGGAUUCAGCCAGGCUGGAAGGGCUGGAUGAUCAAGGACAGGAGCCAAUGGGAGGGCUGUCUGAGGAGUCCCAGGGUGCCCGGGCAGCGGUGUCGCCAACCAUGACCCCCCAGCAGCCCUACAUCCAGUACCAGCACUCCUCCUACCCACCCUACCUGGCAAUGUGUGAGAGCGGCGGGGGAUCUUACAGAGGAGUGUCCCCAACCCUGGUUCACAAUUACCCAGGGUUCCACUACCCUCUGUACGGGAAGACGGCAGGCAGGGAGGAGUCAGAGGUGACCCCCCCUGGCAGAGGAGGAGCAGUGAGCAACAAGCAGAGCAGUGACCCGUCCUCGUCCUCGGCCAUGGAACUGCUGCAGCAGCAGAGCCACCAGUACCAUGGAAAAUCACCUGCUCCUGGUGAGAAGGGUUCCCCUGAGGGCGAGCGAGAGACGGAGAGAGAGAGGAACCAUGUGUCAUUUGCCCGACACCUCCACACACACCAUCACACACACCUGGGUAUGAGCUACAACCUGAUGUCAGGACAGUACGACAUCUACCAAGGGUUGAGCUCCAGGUCGCUGGUCUCCAGUCAGCAGGUGUCAGGACACUCCUCCACAGAGAGUGAAGGGAAGAACUAAGGACCAUGUGACCACGUCUCACAUGAGGAACGGCAGAUUUAUCAGACAUCAAUUCCAUGGUGUUGAAUAAGCUUCGCCUCGCUGAGAGGCAGAGAACAAAGUAAAAAAAAAAAACAACUUUCAUUUCUUACUAAUGACACCACCUGUUUUAUAACACAUCACCGAGGAGCAGACGGGAGAGGUGGACGGGAAGCAGGAUCAGGACCUUUCUGAAGGAGAAGCUGUCUGUACACAUCCAGAAUCUCAAACUUCUGAAGCUUUCAGUUUUGCCAGAAGCAGGUGGCUUGUUUGACAGGAAACAUCCCAGCGCCCUGUGCACUCAGCCCGGCCACGGCUGCGGUGCUCAACCUUAUCAAAUGCACAUGUAUCGUAGUGUAUUAUGAUGAAGAUAUGACUGAAUGUACUGAUGAUGACUUACAUUAUCCCAGUAGUGUUGAUUGUUUUUUUAAACUUCUACUGGGAAACAGCAUUAGGAAGCUACAAAGUCUAUUAUUAUUAUCCUUAUUAUUCUCAUUAUGAUUAUUGAAGUGGUCCUCCUCCCUCCAUAGUGCUGACUCUGCAUUUGUAUUACUAACCUGUACUUGAGCGUAACCAUGUUGAUUGUAUUGUCUUUAUGUGAGAGUAAACCUUCACUUCGACCUGCCCAGUGCCAUGUAGGAACCCAGUGGUGUAUAUAUUCUGUACAGAUUCAUGGCAGAGUACCAACUUGCUUUACGGUACUCUAUGUUGAUCUCCAUCAGCCAUGCAGGGAGCAGCGGGCGGAGCGGGGACAACCGGCACACACAGAAUCACUGUGUCCUUAUAGACUGAAGCCAGCUGUCCUGGAUGCACACGCACUGGCCUUAUCACAGGUCAGUGAGUGGUUUAGUGAAUGUAAGCCCCAGGUUGUGCCUCUCAAGUAAUCUGUGUUUUUACAUUUGAGGCAGUCACGUAAGGUUCGGCCGGUCGGUCCGCCACUUUGGACAAGACUGGAAUAUUUUGACAAUUAUUGGAUGGAUCACCGUUACAUUUGGUACAAACAUUCAUGGCCAUCAAAUAGUGAAUGUGACAGGUCACAUGUUUCAGUUGUACAGAAGAAAAUCUCAACAUCUACCAGGUGGAUUGGUGCAAAAUCUGGCAAAGGCUCUUUUUUUGUUACUGAUGCUUAAAUUUGACCAACCACUAUGAAUCAAUAUUUUUGUUGCAGGGAUUUUAAAUUUUGACCGAUUCCUCACAGUGCAUCUUCAUUUUUGGACCUAAGUGAAGAGCCAUUUCUAAUUUCCAGUUUCUGUCUUUGUUUAUGUCAAACAGUGGUUAGGGGUCUUAAAUCAGAUUGAGUGUGCAUUCAAGGAAGCACAGAAGAGUCUGAGGAUUAUGGUCUUGUCUCCUGGUAAGGGCUGUACAGUGUUUUACAUGAGAGUAUGUCUGUGACUUGAAUGUAACCAGACAUCAGAAAACAUCAGACUCAGAUGUAGCCGACAGAACAAUCUCACCUCAGCGCACAUUUAGUAGCAGCUCUGAAGCUUUGAAUCCUACCAUAUUUGUAUCAUCAGCAGAUGAAGUCUGCCAGUUCUCAUGUACACAAACCUCAACUCCUCAUAAUGAACCUCUAGUGGGCAAACUCCAUCUGCUGAGGAAUGUCAUGUGGCAUGACUGAAAGCUCCAGUGAAAUUUUGUCAGCUGCAGUUUCCAAGGUGCAGAAUAAACUCCAGAGCUUUAUGUGGAAACAAACUGGGGCAGUGUGAAUGGGUGCUAAUCAUCAGUGCCAGCGAGUGACUGUCUGAACAUGAAAUGUACACGUGCCAGGUAUAUUUUACUCACAGCACCUCUGAAGGACAAUUCCAGGGUCAAUUGAUUUUCUUUACUUAUUGGUUAUCACUUCUACAGCCAUUAUUAUACUCAAAACUAAAUGGAAUUUAGCGUGUUUGCUCAGGUACAACACUAAUGUUAGUGGAGUUCAUCAGACAAACUAUUCAAGAUUUUCACAUUGGCCAUAGGAUUUAGUUUGAUUCACCAGUUUUACUAUAUUUAUGUCUUGUUUUCAGGAAUUUGCAUGUUGUGUAUGAAGGCAUUUGCUUGUACAGCCAUAUUCCGCCACAGUUUGAAUACAUGCUAAAUUCAGUUUACCUUCAAAUGUAGAAUCAGGUCAUAAUCUAAGACUGUUUCUGUCAUAAAUGUAUUUUGAAUGACAACUAAGGUAACUGAAUAAUAGUAAAUACCAUGUAAUAUGAUAAAAGCUAAAAAAAAAAAAUCAUCUUCAGUGUAGCUAAAACAACACAGUGGUAACUGGAAACCAGAAGAAAGUGGUCACACUGGAAUUGUCCCUGAAGGAAAAUCCCCACAUUUUAAUCAUCUUGUCUGGAGUCCCACAAUCCUUUGCCCCGCCCCUGCUCCCAUGCCUUCUACAAGUGAACUAGCUCACCGCAGAGCCUCUGAUAGACAGAAUGGUCAGGUUUUACCUUUGGUGCCGUAUGUAGCACUGUCACGUCUCCAGAACCAGGAAGCACCAACGUCUCAAAAUCUCUCUUCAUUUGCUGCACUUAGAUAAGGCUCACUAGGCAUUUGUUUGAGCACCAUCAGCACCAGCCUUUAAUUCUUAUUUCUAAAAUGUGGUGCUGCUGCUGGUGUCAUCUGUACCACAGUAAAUUGUUUGAACCUGUCAGAUUUUCUAGACUAUAAAUCUUGUACAGAGAAAGCUGAGCUCAUAAGAUUUGGUUUGGCUUCUCUCAAGCUAAUCAGAUAUUGGCUGUAAACAAAUUCCUGUAUCAUCACUUUUAUCAUCUAAACUAGAGCUCUGUCCUGCAGUCCUUCUCAUGGACCUGAAGGUCUGAAAAACCUUGAAACCACUUUCCACCACAUAAGACUUUACAUGUGCUAAUUUGCUUUUUAGCCAGAGUAAGAACAAACAGUGAAACAAGUACGAUUAAUUUGUUUGUAUAAACAUGUUUGAAACCAAACCAAAAAAAAUUGGGACAAUCUUCUAAAAAGUUAGCUUUCCCCUUCCCAUUCAUCAUUGCUUGCUAUUAGUCAAACUCCUUGGCAGCCAGUUAAAGCUGACCAGUUGAGGAUGGGUUCCAGUGCCAGAUAUGGCCUUGGUGUUCACCAUAAUGACCCACAAAUCCUGAAUGUGGACAAUAUGAUGUGCAUCAUCAUGGGACCUGUGUAACUGUGACAGGAUGCCUGCUGUCCUGUUCCCUAGACAUUUCUCAGUGUGAAUCAGCUAACAAGCUGCUCCUCACAUCUCCUGUACUGUACCUCAGCUACUGUUUCUGACUGUUUCGGACUGAGAUCAGGCAGCACCAUCCAGGCCAGGGCACAUGGGCUGAAUCUGAUCUGUUAUGCAUCAAAAGCCCAGCAACCAGGUGUGAAAAAUGUAGGCCACACUUCAGUGGAGCCAGUUUGGGUUUUGUGAUGUGAUUGAUUUUUUAUUUUUUAUUUUAUUUUUUGCGAUUUCACCUAUUCCUCCACCUGCAGUUCUGAAGGGUGUGACAUUGUUUUUCUCUUAAAAACAUGCCACAUAGGGUGUCUUUGUGUUAGCAUGCUCACGCUAGCGCCUGCUAGCUACAUUAGCCAGUGUACUAAUUUGAUGUGUCAACAACAAGGCAGUGUUGUUAGCUGGUCAGAUUAGCCAUUAGUUAGCUUGGUAGUUAGGUGAUAUUGAAUGCACAGCACAAUCCAAUAUGGCCACCAGAUGUUCUAUUAACAUUAAGCCCUGAUGCUGCAUUCACCUCAUAUGUCCUCUUUAGACAAAUUGUAAAACUGUAUUUAUAAUAUCUCCAAAUUAGGUGAAUGCAGAACAACAAUAUAUUCAUUAUUGCUAACAUGCUUACAGUAUCACUGUGGUGCCAACUAGGCUGACAAUAAGAUUACAGUGGCCCAACCGUGUCUAUCAGCAGCUCUGCUUCUCUUACACAACACCUUAAUAGUAUCCGUGGUCAUUCUAUUACUUGAAUAUAGUGCUAUGAACUCUGUUUACAAGAUGCUGUCAACUUUUGGGAGACACGGUGUUGUCUUAUAAAGGCUGCUCGGUAUGUUCAGUUCAUCUGCCCGGUGUAUCCACUUAAUAACACACUGAAAUAAACACAUGAAACCUGCUGUUGCUUUUUUAUACUGUAUAUGCCUUAAUUCAUAUGGUUGGCAAUCACGA